AUGCAGAGGUCGAAGUUUGGGUACAACAGAAUAUGCUGCGUCGCGUCGUCGUUGUCCGAUAUUGUCGGCCAUGAUCUGACACAACGUCGUCGUACUCCAAUGAAGGAAUCAUCUGCCCCACGUGGCUAUUUUGGUACAGUAUCUGACACGUGGCUCUUCGAUAGUCGCUGGUCAGACAAGAAAAGUCAUGGAGUGGUCAGAGAUGGACCCCGAACCUUUGAGAUGGACCCCGAAAUGGGCCUGGGCCACAAGGGCGGCGGCGGCGGAUCUCUGUCAUAUCUCUACCAAAGCGCGCGGAAGCUUCUCCUUCAAGCAAGAAGUGGAGUCGAGAAGCUGGAGCGAUUCGAAUCGGCCGCAUACUCUUCAUCCCCAUUGUCGUCAUUACCUCCACCAUCAUCGGUUUCUUUGAUCGGGAUCGGAUCCAACUCUUCGACGGAGCUCGCAUUCGCGAUCAAGAAGGAUGUCGACCAGAUCCAGUCGUUGUGUGCGGAUAUGGAUCGUCUCUGGCGGUCGAUUGCAUCCAAAGGACAGCGCGAUCUCUGGAAGAGAAAAGUGGAACAGGUGGCAGAAGAGGGUGAUUCGUUGAAAGAAAAUCUAGACAAACUUUCAGCUCGACAACAGCAGCGAAUGCAGGAAGCUAAAGAGAGAGCAGAACUAAUGCAAAGAGUGAAUGGGGAUGGCGAACUUGUAUUGAAAAUUUUUGAUGAUGAAGCUCGAGCAAUGGAGUCAGCCCGAAAUUCUCACAUAAUGGUUGAAGAAGCCUACUCCACUGGAGUAGCUAUUCUUUCAAAAUAUGCAGAGCAGAAAGAUCGUCUCAAGAUAGCUCAAAGGAAGGCUUUAGACAUACUUAACACAGUUGGGUUGUCCAACUCUGUGCUAAAGCUUAUUGAGAGGAGACACCGAGUUGACAAGUGGGUUGCAUAUGCUGGUAUGAUAAUUACAGUCAUUCUGGUGUAUAUGUUCUGGAGGUGGACGCACUAAUAUCUUAUGACUUGACGUUUAAUAACACGCUAGAUUUCAUGAAAUGCCCGAGGAGAUGUACGAAGGAGUUAAAAAAAUUGUUCAAUUUUUGUUGUUUAAUAACACGCUAGAUUUCAUGAAAUGCCCGAGGAGAUGUACGAAGGAGUUGUAAAGAUUGUUCAAUUUUUGUUCUAAUAUAUGGUAUAGUUUUAUCAGAUGUAGUUUAUGCAUCAUUCUCAGAUGAAUGACAUGCCAAUUUCGCUUGUAUUUUGAUUCUUCAUCAGGUAGCUUUUCCAA